AUGGCGUCUCCUGCCUCUCUUGCCGCGACGUCGGAGGUUGAUCCUCCCAGCUCACCCGGCCAGCCCGAAGCCAAGUCCUUUGUCUCACGAGCCAUGACCGAGGACGACGAUACUCAGAUGGCCAAUGCCACUCCAGAUCCUCAAGAAAAAUCGUCGCGCGGUAAAACGAAAUCAUCACAAAGUAAGGACACCGCGAAUCAACCGACGAUCGGCAAGAUACGCCAUCUAAAGAAGGAAGAUGGCGAGCCUCUUUGGAGAGAAGACAUUCAAUACGACUUCCUCAAGGCCGUGUUCGACAACGAGCAAUGUGUUUUUACCAACUCAUAUGAGCCCAAACGACUCCAGCGCCAAUGCUUUGCCGACCUGUAUAUCGAUACAAUGUCCCGCAGCUCAAAGACUAGCAAGGUGCUUCGCGAUAAACUGCUAAGUGACAGAGAAGCCGCAAAAGGAAUGGCUAUGGUGUGUCUUCUUGUCAACAUGGGCCGAAUGAAUACCACUCUGAAUUUCUUUCCUGAGAUGAGAGCUCAGCUCCGUACAUACCAUGCCAUCCCAUCGCUUCAAGCUCGCCAGGAUCCUCAUGCCUACAAGCAGCUUCAGGAUGCACCUCGUCUUAAGUCUAUUCUAAAAGGUGGUGCAGAAGAUCGAGAGGAGCCCAACUCUCUCGACAAAAUUAAGCAGUUGGAUACUCCUCGCACAAAUCCCGUCAAUCUUAUCUUUGUCAUGUGCAACACAGCUCAGAAAAUCGCCGAGCUUCACUUUCCUCGCCAUCGAGAACUCCACGACCUGAUCAUGAGGACUGAAUACACGAGCAAGUCGAGAGCGAAUGCAUUCCUCUGGCUUAUGUGGUUCUAUCUUGAAUCUGAUUUUACGGAAGAAGGCUGCGAGGAGAACCCCUUCGGGCCUGGAGUCGACUACGGGCUGGAUGUUGCAAACCAGGGCGUACCUGAGCUCGUGGAGAUGACCCCAGAAGAGAAAGCAAAAGAGAACGUAGACACCGAAGAAGAGAUUGAGUUUGGACGCUCCAAACAGAAGAUGAGGGCGAAGAUUCUUGAAAUGGACCAGGCUCUCCUCAAUGAAAGAGACAACAAGCGAAGCAAAAUGCGACCAUCUUUCGCUGACGAGGGUCCAGCCAUCCUCCCCCGCAUCAGGCCCUCCAAACAUGAGUCUGAUAUGGAUAGUACACGAUCAACACCUCCGCCUAGAGGGCUUGGUCGCGGUCUUGCCUCGAAUCGCAGAGGUGCACCCCUCAAGUAUCAGAUCUUCGAGGGUUCAUCUCCGGCACAUACUGUCAAUGAGGGUGUUGUUGCAAGAAAGCCCCGCCCACCAACAGCCCAUCAACUCGCUGUUGAGCGAAAUAGGAGCCAAAGGGUUGAGUAUAUUCUUGACCGUGGUCUUCGCCGCCAACACCAUAAGAGCCGAAAACUCAGGCGACAAGAUGGUGCCGUUUUCAGAGCCUAUCAAAGGCUACAGGUCCAAGAAGAUCCUUUCGAAGACAGUGAUGAUGAAACCUCAACUCCUCGGAACCUAACAUAUGGAGAUAAGACUCCAGGGCCAUUCAGAGAGAAGGGCGUGGGCGGUCUUUGUCUUCUUACACAGGAGAAGGAUGACUUUGGCGAAGAAGUUAGUGCCUACGCCGGGGCUUUGAAACGGGCGACAAGACGCCUAGCUCGUUGGGGGCCACGAUCAUCGGAACUUGGUGUCAUUGCUCCAGUCAAGCGACCCAGACCAAAGAAACCGGAAGAGGACGAUGCAGAUCUUGAUCUGGAUGACGAAAUGGAUAAACAGAAUGGCGAUGCUAACGGUGAUGUUACACUUGGGGAUGUCACAGUGGGAGACAUGACGGCCGGCGACAUUACCAUGGGAGACGUCACAAUGGACGAUGCCGAGAUUGAAGAUCAGACAGUCCUUCACGACGACGAAGAGGUGGAUGAUGCCGAUAGAACAGAGGUCAUGGGAGAUUCAGACGUGGAUUAG